AUGCAACCUACUCCAAAGAAAAUAUCAUCUGAUGUGAAAUCGAGACUGUCGAGUGCAUCGAAAACUUCAAGUCAAAUUUCACUCGAGAAAUUAAAAGAAAGUCAACGAAAAGCAGAACUGUUGGCCAAAGCAUCAGCUUUAGAUGAACAACGAAAAUUAGCAGCAGCUAAACUGGAGCUGAAAAUGAAAGAAGAAGAAUUGAAGAUUAAAACUGAACUUCAGAUAAGUGAUGCACGAUCCAAAUCAUUGGAAGAAUUAGAGAAAAUUGAACUCCGUGACCAAGAACUAGAAAACUCCCUCAUCAAUGAAAAUAUAGACAGAAUUGUAACUUUUGAUCUUGAUCGUGAGAAUGAGUUCACAUAUGACAAUUCUACUCCGCGCAUUCCUCAUCGAUCUGUGCAACGUUUAGUUAGACCAGAAUUGUCAACACCCAUAUAUGAACCAAGCAGUGAAAUACAGACUGUCGCUCGUGAAUUGAACAAACCAAAAGCUGAUCUACAGAAGUUUGAUGGAAACCCUAUGAAUUACACAAGAUUCCUCAGACAAUUCAAUGCCAGAAUUUGUUCUAAUACGGAAUCAUAUGAAGAACGGUUGAACUAUCUAUUACAGUUUACUGUUGGUGAAGCACAAAGAAUCGUUUCUGGUUAUUCAUUUCUGGAUGCUGAACGUGGCUACAAAGCAGCACUGGAAGAGUUGAAGGAUCGUUAUGGAGACCCUGACAUUAUAGCGCAAGCAUAUGUAAAGAAAGCUCUCGAUUGGCCUCCAGUAAAACCGGACAAUGCAAAAACUUUAGAUCAGUUUGCUAUAUUUUUGCGUGAGUGUCAAUAUGCUGUCUAA